AUAGGUGAUAUUGAAUAUUUUCCCCACCACGAAAUAUGCCCAAAUCUUCCCCAAUUUCAAUUUUCAAUGCAACCUCAGAAAUUCCCUUCUUUUUUAAACCAACCCUCCUAUUUCCCAGUUCCCACCACCUUCCGGAGUCGUGACCCUUCUCCCCUAUAAAUACAUCUCCUUCCCCCAACCCGCCUCCUCACAAACCCUAUCUCCUCUCUUUCUUUUCCCCCAAUGCUGACCGCCACACAUUUCUAGAUAGAUAGAUAGAUAAUCACUUUACUCUUUCUUUUGUUUGGGCCUCCUUCCUUCAGAACCCUGCUGGUUUUCUUUGUCUGCAAUGCUUGAAUAACUCGGAAGGACACUUUUUCUAUUCAUUCAUUUUUUCUGGGUUUUGAUUUUUUUCAUUUUUAGGCUAAACCAAUUCUGGGUUUUGAAUAGCAUCCUUCUUGUUGCCCCCAUUUUGUUAUUGGGUCCAUGGAAGCUGGGAUUUUGGUGUCUUCCCCAACCUCUUCCUCGCCUCUAUCUACUCCCAUUCCCUCUGUGAUUCUAACCCAGGACGAGUUGAAGAAAAUCGCAGCCUACAAAGCCGUGGAGUAUGUCGAGUCCGGCAUGGUCCUCGGCCUUGGUACCGGCUCCACCGCUAAGCACGCCGUGGACCGAAUCGGCGAGCUUUUGCACCAGGGAAAGCUCCAGAACAUCGUCGGAAUACCCACUUCUAAGAAGACCCAUGAACAAGCUCUGUCCGUGGGAAUUCCAUUGUCGGACCUCGAUUCGCACCCUGUUCUUGAUCUCGCGAUCGACGGCGCCGAUGAGGUCGAUCCCCACCUCAAUUUGGUCAAAGGCCGAGGUGGGUCGCUAUUGAGGGAGAAGAUGGUUGAAGGUGCUUGUAGGAAAUUUGUGGUUAUCGUUGAUGAGUCCAAGCUUGUUAAGCAUUUGGGGGGCAGUGGGCUCGCUAUGCCGGUUGAGAUUGUGCCCUUUUGCUGGAAAUUCACGGCCAAAAGGCUGCAAGACUUGUUUGAGGACGCGGGUUGUGUUGGAAAGCUCAGGACUUUUGGUGAAAAUGGCGAGCCUUUUGUGACAGACAAUGGCAAUUACAUUGUGGACUUGUAUUUCAAGAAAGAUAUUGGGGAUUUAAAGGCAGCCAGUGACGCAAUUUUGCAGCUUGCUGGAGUUGUUGAGCAUGGAAUGUUCCUGGACAUGGCAACCACUGUGAUUGUCGCAAGCGAGCUUGGUAUCACGGUGAAGAAUAAGUAGUAGGUCAUGUAAUUUCGGAGCUAGUUCGAGAUGGGCAUCUAACUUAUUACAUGUAGGAGCAAUUUAUAUGGACUUGGUUUCCAAUCGAACUGUCGAAGACUGGGUCUUUAUUGUAACGAGGGAAGUUUUUUCUCCUAGAAUUAAUUUACACUAUUUUUUGGGAGGGUCUCCUAACAUUUUGAUAUUUUCUUUGAUCCAUUGAGCAAGAAAUAUUACAAAGUUUGGAUUUUUUGGGUAGCUGAAUGACUGGCAGUUUAUGUUUGAUGAUGGCUGUCAUGUUGCUUUGAUAUAAACUCGACCGCAUUAGUAAUGGAAUGUUCUCACUUUUUACAAAGAGACAUCCAUGAAUUUGAAUGGAAUGGUUCAGAUUUUCAAUUGCAGUUACACUGUGUAGUUACUAUCAUUGAAUUGCAUAAUCUUUGUAUUCUCAUCAGGACUAUUUUUCACCUUGUAAAUGAAUUCAAGAUCAGAAAAGGGUACCUAGUGUUAUAAUUUUUUCCAUUGAAAUUUUGCAGUAAUUCUUAGCCCCCAAAUAAGUGAUUUGGUCAUUACAAAGGUGUUCUUUAUCAAUGCGGAGAACCCACGGACAGGGAGAUGUUCUCAUUGAUAUGCAGCUUUGUGAAAUGGAUGCAAAUACUAUUUAGGAGAUGACUAUCAAUGUGGGAGUUGAUGAGACCAGAAGAAUAAGACGAAUGAAAAUCUUGAUCAAGGAACAUGCAUUGAACCUCAAAUGGCAGGGGACACGGUGAAAGAGGAAAGAAACAUUUCUUUCAAGAUUAUGGUUGGCAAAUCUGAAGAGAUUGUUUGUUGCGCAGAAGCAUGUUGCACGACAGUGUCCGGGGUGUUGAUGGGCAAUACUUCCAAGUGAAAUUAUAAUAAGGAAAUUCUACAGAGUCCCUAGCUUUAUCCUGGUUUUUACUAGGAGAAUUGACGGCGGCAACCUCAUGAUGAUAUGGAAGUUAUUGGCCAGGUACUAUCUGACUUGUUUUCACUUGUCCUAACCACUGCCAUAUUGACAUUUUAUGGCGCAUUUUGUACUUCGCUUGAUGUCUGCAUUCUGGUAUGCAGACAAAUUCACCCAAGAUAUGCUCAUAAUGUUCCUCUCCUUUGGAAUGGUGGGGAGGGAGCGUUUGAUUCUUUCCAUGGUAGUUAAUGUCAUCUUCAUUGCUUUCUAACUUUUAACACGACUCGACUUUGGGAUUCUUUCGAGGAGCCUGUCUGCAAAGUAAACAAGAUCUCUGGUAUAUGCUCAUUCUUAGUUUGUAGACAGCUUUGCUCACGUUCAUUCUUGUCUCAUAGGCCGUACUUCUUUAGAGGUUUGGUUAUCAUCAGAUUAAGAAAAAAAUUGAUCUGUUAAGCAAUGCUUUCGCCACAAAACAAAAUGAACACAACUGGAAAUGGUUUUGAGAUUAGGAAAUGGACAAUUGUCAAUUCA